UGAAAUGUGUUUUCAAAAACGAAACUAUCUCCUUCUUGUCUGACUGUAUGUGUAUCAUCCCUAUGACAAAACGAUAACAAAACUAGACAACCCGGAGAUUUUCUGUGACAAUUACUUGUCAUUAUCCAAAGUGUAGGCUAAACCGCAACAUUUUGGCAAAGAAGCCAAGCCUGAACGUGAGUGGAUGACUCAACCUAGAAUGGAGCCUGUAGUUGAAGACCUGGUUGCCUGGCAGUACUGAAGCUGUUCGUACCAUGGCACACUUUGACACAGAAUAUCAGCGCUUGGAGGCGUCCUACAGCGAUUCUCCACCAGGAGAGGAAAACUUGCUGGUGCAUGUACCUGAGGGAGCCAAGUCCCAAUGGCACCACAUAGAGAACUUGGACCUGUUCUUUCAGAGGGUCUAUAACCUGCACCAGAAGAAUGGCUUCACCUGCAUGCUUCUGGGAGAGAUCUUCGAGCUGGUCCAGCUGCUGUUCGUCGUGGGCUUCACUGUCUUCCUGGCUAACUGUGUGGACUAUGACAUCCUGUUCGCUAACAAGUUCGUCAACCACACAGACUCUUCUAAAGUCACCCUGCCCGACGCCUUUCUACCGGUCGAUGUCUGCAGUGCCCGUAUCCGUGACAACGCUCUGGUGAUGUUUGUGCUGGUGAUCUCCGGCGUGUUCUGGCUGCAUCGCCUCGUCAAGUUCAUCUACAACGUGUGCUGUUACUGGGAGAUCCGAUCCUUCUACACCAACGCUCUCAAGAUGACCAUGGCUGAGCUGCCCUACGUCACCUGGCAGGAGGUGCAGGCCCGCAUCGUGGAGAUCCAGAAGGAACACCAGAUCUGCAUCCACAAGAAGGAGCUGAGUGAACUGGAUAUCUACCACCGCAUCCUCCGCUUCAAAAACUACAUGGUUGCCAUGGUGAACAAGUCCCUCCUCCCUGUGCGUUUCUGCCCUCCCCUGCUGGGGGACUGUGUGUUCUACACCCGCGGCCUCAAGUACAACUUUGAGCUCAUCUUCUUCUGGGGGCCAGGGUCUCUGUUUGAGAAUGAGUGGAGUCUGAAGCCAGAGUACAAGAGAGGGGGGAACCGGCUAGAGCUGGCAGACAGACUGGCCUCCCGCAUACUGUGGAUUGGCAUCACCAACCUGCUGUUGUGCCCAGUCAUACUGGUGUGGCAGAUCCUGUAUGCCUUCUUCAGUUACACAGAGGUGAUCAAGCGUGAGCCCGGCUCCCUGGGGGCCAGGUGCUGGUCCCUGUACGGCCGCUGUUACCUGCGCCACUUCAACGAGCUGGACCACGAGCUCAUGUCAAGGCUCAGUAAGGGCUACAAGCCCUCCUCUAAGUACAUGAACUGCUUCCUGUCUCCACUGCUGACGGUGGUAGCCAAGAACGUGGCGUUCUUCGCCGGUUCCCUCCUGGCGGUCCUCAUCGCCCUCACCAUCUACGACGAGGACGUCCUCGCUGUGGAACACGUGCUGUCGUCCAUCACGCUGCUCGGCGUGUGUAUCACAGUCUGCAGGUCCUUCAUCCCUGACAAGCACCUGGUGUUCUGUCCUGAGCAGCUGCUGAGGGUGAUCCUGGCUCACAUCCACUACAUGCCGGACCACUGGCAGGGCAACGCCCACCGCUACGAGACCCGCGACCAGUUCUCCCAGCUCUUCCAGUACAAGGCGGUCUUCAUCCUGGAGGAGCUGAUCAGCCCCCUGGUUACCCCCUUCAUCCUCAUCUUCUCGCUGAGAAGGAAGUCCCUGGAGAUCAUCGACUUCUUCCGGAACUUCACCGUGGAGGUGGUGGGGGUGGGGGACACCUGCUCCUUCGCCCAGAUGGACAUCAGGCAGCACGGCCACCCAGCGUGGAUGUCAGCGGGCCAGACGGAGGCGUCCAUCUACCAGCAGGCGGAGGACGGGAAGACAGAGCUCUCCCUGAUGCACUUUGCCAUCACCAACCCCCAGUGGCAGCCCCCCCAGGAGACCACCCACUUCAUCAGCCAGCUGAAGGAGAGGGUGCAGAGGGAGGCCACCGCCGCCUCUGACACACACGCCCUCGCCUCGCUGUCCGAGUCCGAGCCGAGGAGUCUGGUGGCCAACCCCUUGGCGGGCCCGCCCACGCUGGGCUCUCUCCAUUUGGGGCGGGACGGGGUGGUCGGCAUGAGCGACGGGGCGUCGGCCUUGCGCUCCCUCUCUCCAAUAAGCAGCAGCAUUCACAUGAGGGGUAGCUUCAGCUCAGCGCACAGGCCGGCCGGACACGCCUCUACGACGAGCCGGCCAAUGACGGGAUCCGGGACGGACGCUCGGACUGUCAGCUCCAGCAGCAGUGCGUGGGAAGGUCAGCUGACCAGUCUGGUCCUAUCAGAGUACGCCUCCACCGAAAUGAGCAUCCACGCCCUCUACAUGCACGAGAUCCACAAGCAGCAGUCGCGGGGCGAGCUGUCCCGUCACACCUGGCACCGAGAGGACAGCGAUGACAGCAGUGACCCUGAUGAGGGGACCGCGGGGGGGGCGAACCCCAGAGCCUUCCCCCGUUCACACACCUUCCCCUCCUCGGCCCCCAGUCCCAGCCGGAUCCCCGGGCCCAGCUCGGCGCCAGGCUCGGCCCACGGCAGCACGGACCCCGUCCUGGAGGGGGCGCUGCUGCAGAGCGGCGGCCAGCGGCACUACGGAGGAACCACGGAGUCUGUGGGCGCGGCGGGCAGGGUGGUGAGGUCGGCCUGGGGGGUGCCCAUGGGAGGGUGGGCAGAGGAGGGGCAGGCUGCCCGGCUUCACGGCCCGGUACCAGAGGAGGGCUCGGAAGACGACAUGCCCCCGCAAAUACACAAGGUGGUCUAACUAACUCCAGUUUGUGAAGAGAAUCCCUACCACACACACACACAGACACACACACAGACACACACUUCCCCCUACUCAGUCAUACUCCCUGCUGAACUUAGAUCCCAGACUCCACAUUGACCAUUGACCACUGACACAGUCACCAACAGCUCUUUGGUGGAGUAGCAUGUUCUGCUACUUAGACACUCCCACAUCCAAUGGACAGUCAGUCUUUAAAAACACAUUUAAAGUCUCCACAUGUAAAUCAAGUUUAGUAAACUAAUUCAAAGUUGAAAUCAAGAAAGAUGUAACUUACACUUACUUUUAAUGUGUUGGAUUUCCCCCUCCUGUUGCUUGUAUUUAUUGCACAUCCAGGUAAAGAGGAUGUUCUCAUGUAAAGGGAUUGACAGAGGAAGCACGGUUAUGUUUGCACUUGUAGAUUAUAACUUUUAUUUAAGGCAUCGAUUUUUGAUGCUGCGGCUCUGCCCGCUUCCAUGCAGCAUGUAAAUAAAUACUUAUAAUCUUAUGGACACCGCAAUCAUAAAUCUUGAUCUUCAUACUGUAAUGGUGGAGCAUUAUAAAUACAAUGCCAUGUAGACUUUGCAGAUAUAUACAUCAGCAAGCACAUGUGACUGUAACAUAGGAGACGUUUCAAGGCUUUGCUUGUGUUGAUCCAAUGUUCCUCUAUCAAUGAAAUUGUGAGUUUUUUUUUUUAGUUUUAGGAGAAAAGACCGUUUGAAUAUAUCGACAUCAACCUCAGUGCCAUGCAACAAUAUGCCAUUAAGCACAAGAUCAUGAACCACUAGCCGUUGAUGAUUUUGAAUAUGAACCGUUUGCAUUGCAGUGGGAGAUCAAACCAUCACUGUCAUCCUCCUAUAAAGCAGUCCCAGUUCAUAAUAAAUAGUCAAGUUCACCUCGGCAUGCUAUCUCUGUCCCACAGGUUUUCUCCAAAUCCUAUGAAGAAAAUGCACUUUAGUUAAUGGUAUGUUGAUUCCAAAGGAUGUCUCAGUUUGUAAUGUUGGCGUGAGUUUCUUAUUAUUUGGAGGUGACAGGAGAAUAGUUCAAGAAAAGAGUAUGUUUCUGUUGUGUUUAUUGCUCAUAAGAAAGAAGCACAGAUUAGACGUGGCAGACUAUGUCCCUAAUUAGACUACUACAGAAAGCAGUACCAAGUUCAAAGUGAGGUGAAUUAAUGCUUGCUGCAGAUGAUUUUCUGUUUUAUACGUCCUUUAAAAUAAUUUUGUACAGUUGUAAAUUCAUCAAUAAAAUGUAUUUAAAUAUG